GCACCUUUGCUUAACAAUUCCACCUCACUCCAAAUGGAUUGCAAGUUAAGUGAAUCUUAAUUUAAUUAUAUGUCAUUCUUACUUAUAAUAAAAACUUGUGCAUUUGAGUUUAUUUUUUUCAAUAUUUUCCACACAAAACUUGUGCAUUUGGGAACCAGUUGACCAGAUUAGCAUGCUGGUUCCCAAACAGGAGUGGUUCUUUUGAAGAAUCUCUCUCUCUCAAAUGGAUUUGUUAGUGAAACUUGCUGAGCAUUGCAGAUUGACCUGAUUACCUAAAAAACUACUAGCUACUUUUAUAUGCACUCUUAGAUACACCAAUCUUUCAUUCCAAAAACACAUUAUCUAAAGCCUAAGUUUUCUUCACUUUUUUUUAUCAAAAAAGAAAAUACCAAGUUCAGUGUAAUCCCUUUGAUCUGAACCAUUCAUCAUAGUUCAUAGAAGAACCAAAAAAAAAUCAUGUUUUUUUGUUAAAAGCUUGAAACUUUUUAGUCCUAUUACAGAAUGAAACUCCUUUCCUCAAAGUUUCACUCACACCCCAAGUUUAUUUUCAUUCAAAGUUAAACACUUUAGCACAAAGGGUUGAAAGAAAAGUUCUUAAUUUCAUCAAAAAAAAUGCGCAGUUUGAAGAUUGCUGAACGUUUCAAAAGCAUUCAAGUGCAUGCUCUAAGUUCUUCAUCUGAAAAAACCAAUGGUAGCAACAAAACCACAGUGUCUGCAACCAAAUCUCACAACAACAACAACCUUAAAAAACACAGAACCAUAUUGUCUUGGUCAAAGAACAAAUUCAACACAAAUAACUCAACCUCAUCAUUUUCAAACCUUGUUGUUCCUCUUCAACUACUUUCUACUGACAGUGACACCAUUGAACCAUCCAUAGAACCUUACCUUAAACCUAUAAACCUUGUAGAGACUUUAUCAGAACUCUAUAACCGCAUAGAGUUUUGUUUACAGUCUGAGAAAGUUUCACUUUAUGUUGAACUUUUCUCUGUCUUGUGUGGCUUAGGAGACCAGAAGUUACUAAGAAGAUGUCUUAGAACGGCGCGGCAGAACGCCGAGGAUGUUAUGUCAAAGGUUGUUUUGUCAGCAUGGUUAAGGUUUGAAAGAAGAGAUGAUGAGCUUGUUGGUGUUUGUUCAAUUGAUUGUGUUGGUUAUAAUGUUCUUGAGUGUCCAAAGAAGAAUUUGGAAAAUGGGUUUUUUCCUUGUUCAAUUAAUGAUCAUUGUCAAUGUCAUGAGGAGAGAAAAGAUGAAAAUUUUAAUAACGAGAGUGUGUGUUUGUUUGAUAAUGAGGAAGAAAGUGAUGUUUUAUUUUGUGUUGGGAAUGAAGAAAUCAACUGUGUUAGGUGGAGAAUUGCUUCACUUUCAGAACCAUUUAAUGCAAUGCUUUAUGGUGAUUUUCUUGAGUCCAAAAAGUGGAAGAUUGAUUUUUCAAAAAAUGGGGUAUCCUUGGAAGGAAUGAAAGCACUAGAAUUUUACAGCAGGACUAAAAGAUUGGAACUUUUUACUCCAAUGAUUGUUUUGGAGCUUCUAUCAUUUUCAAAUAGGUUCUGUUGUGAGGAAUUGAAGUCUUCUUGUGAUUCUCAUUUAGCUUCAAUUGUUGAAAGUGUUGAAGAUGCAUUGAUACUUAUUGAGUAUGGAUUAGAAGAAAAAGCAACACUUCUUGUUGCUUCUUGCUUACAAAUGUUUCUUAGGGAGCUUCCUAAUUCUCUUCAUAAUUCGAAGGUGAUAAAUUUGUUUUGCAGUUUUGAGGCAAAGGAAAAGUUGGCUAUGGUAGGGUGUGCUUCUUUUUUGUUAUACUAUUUUCUAAGCCAAGUUUCUAUGGAAGAAAGCAUGGUAUCAAAAAUAACAAUGAUGUUGUUGGAAAGAUUGAAAGAAUGUGCUUCACAAAGAUGGGAAAAGGCACUUGCUUUUCACCAAUUAGGGUGUGUACUUCUUGAAAGAAGAGAGUAUAAAGAAUCUCAACAUUGUUUUGAAGAAGCAUUUGAAUUAGGUCAUGUUUAUUCUAUGGCAGGUGUGGCUAGAACAAAGCACAAACAAGGUCAACCAUAUUCAGCUUAUAAGCUAAUUAGUUCAAUCAUAUUUGAGUAUAAACCAAAUGGGUGGAUGUAUCAAGAGAGAGCAUUGUACAAUAUGGGAAAAGAAAAGUGUUUUGAUUUAGAUUUUGCAACUGAACUUGAUCCUUCACUUUCAUUUCCUUAUAAAUAUAGAGCAUUGGAAAAGGUGGAAGAAAAGAAAAUAAAGGAAGGAAUUACGGAGUUAGAUAGGUUUCUUGGAUUUAAGCUUUCACCUGAUUGUUUAGAAUUGAGGGCUUGGUUGUAUAUUGCAUUAGAGGAUUAUGAUAGUGCUGUGAGAGAUAUUAGAGCAUUGUUAACCAUUGAGGCUAAUUACAUAACUUUACAUGGGAAGAUUCAAGGAGAAUAUUUGGUUCAAGUUCUAAGUAGUAGAAUUCAGAAGAAGAAUCAGGCUGAGUGUUGGAUGCAAUUAUACCAACAAUGGUCUUCUGUUGAUGAUGUUGGUUCUUUGGCUAUUACUCAUCAGAUGCUAGAGAAUGAACCUGGAAAAAGCGUGCUCGAGUUUCGCCAGUCGCUACUCCUCUUGAGGUUAAACUGUCAAAAGGCUGCCAUGCGCAGUUUGCGGUUGGCGAGAAACCAUUCUAGCUCAAUGCAGGAAAGACUAAUUUAUGAAGGAUGGAUUCUAUACGAUACUGGCUAUCGCGACGAGGCUGUUACAAGGGCUGACAGAUCCAUUGCAAUUCAGAAAUCUUUUGAAGCCUUUUUUCUAAAAGCAUAUGUGUUAGCAGAUACAACACUGGAUCCUGAAUCUUCUUCAUAUGUUAUUCAGCUUCUCAAAGAAGCACUUAAAUGUCCUUCGGACGGCCUUCGCAAAGGACAAGCAUUGAAUAACUUAGGGAGUAUUUAUGUGGAUUGUGGUAAAAAUGAACUUGCAAAGGAAUGCUACAACAAUGCACUUGCAAUUAGGCACACAAGAGCUCAUCAAGGUCUAGCGCGCGUUUAUCAUCAGAAACAUCAACGAAAGGCUGCGUACGAUGAGAUGACUAUGCUAAUCGAGAAGGCGGAGAGCAAUGCCUCGGCGUAUGAGAAACGAUCGGAAUACUGCGACCGUGAGAUGGCAAAGGCUGAUCUUGAUGUUGCAACACACCUUGAUCCUUUAAGGUCAUACCCUUAUAGAUACAGGGCUGCAGUACUGAUGGAUGAGCAAAAAGAAACAGAAGCUGUAGAAGAACUAACCAAGGCUAUAAAAUUCAAGCCUGACCUUCAAAUGCUACAUCUGCGAGCUGCGUUUUACGAGUCGAUGGGAGAUCUAUCUUCUGCUCUUAUGGAUUGUAAGGCAUCUCUUUGCUUAGAUCCAUACCAUGCAGCCACACUUGAUUUAUAUCAAAGGAUACAGAAGCUGAAGUUUUAAUAUAAAAAUAUGUCCAUCAGAAAAAGAAAAAAUAACAAAUGUGAAGAACUUGGUUAAAGAUAUCUCACAAGUCAAAACCACCAUCUAUGAACAAAACUAGAAAGGGAUGCAUGAAGUACAUGAUUCAGGUGUAAAUCAGAAGAUUUUUCACAAUAGUAAAUACAUUUAUAUAUGAUGUAGAUUCAUGUGAGGCAUAUUCACAGAAUUUGACUCUCACUAUUUACACAUCCUCUUGUACAGUUACAUUACAUGGUUAUUAUAAAAAGUUUCAUACCAAUGAAUUCCUACUAUGCAUAAUUUA